AUCUUUUGCAGAGGUGGUUCAGCUGAGUCUGCCAGAAGAUCAAAAAAUAAGCACCACAGCAGCAACAGUGGGACAAAGUGCUGUCCUAAGUUGUGAGAUUCAGGGCACUCUGAGACCUCCCAUCAUCUGGAAGAGGAACAAUGUCGUUUUGAAUAGUUUAGAUUUGGAAGAUAUCAAUGAUUUUGGAGAUGAUGGGUCCUUGUACAUUACUAAAGUUACCACAACCCAUAUGGGAAAUUACACCUGCUAUGCUGAUGGUUAUGAUAAGCUCUAUCAAACUCAUUUUCUCCAAGUGAAUGUUCCCCCCGUCAUCCGAGUGUAUCCCGAGAGCCAGGCCAGGGAGCCGGGGGUGACAGCCAGCCUGCGGUGCCACGCUGAGGGCAUUCCCAACCCACAGCUGGGCUGGCUGAAGAACGGCAUCGAUAUCGCUCCAAAGUUAUCCAAACAGCUCACCCUUCAAGCAAAUGGCAGUGAGGUUCACAUCAGCAAUGUGCGCUAUGAAGAUACAGGAGCCUACACUUGUAUUGCAAAGAAUGAAGCAGGGGUGGAUGAAGACAUUUCUUCUCUUUUUGUGGAAGAUUCUGCUCGAAAGACCCGUCUUGGAAUUGGAAAUAUGUUUUAUGUUUUUUAUGAAGAUGGAAUCAAAGUAAUACAGCCAGUGGAAUGUGAAUUUCAAAGGCAUAUUAAGCCAAGUGAAAAACUCCUCGGUUUUCAGGAUGAAGUGUGUCCCAAAGCUGAAGGAGAUGCUGCUCAGCGGUGUGUAUGGGCGACUGCUGUUAAUGUGAAAGACAAGUUCAUUUAUGCAACUCAGCCCACGCUUGACAGAGUGCUUAUUGUGGAUGUGCAGUCUCAGAAAGUUAUCCAG